AUGCCCUCCAUAGAUCGGCCUCGAUUGGGAGACUGCGGCCCAUUCGACGGCUACGUCGCUUCCGAUGGGUUCAGCAGCGGUACGAUGUUCACCACGCCGAAUCAGGCCUUCGUUCCACAGUUCGCCUUGGCCUUCCAAGAGAUCACCACCUUCGACGACGGCCUCUGGGGCGUCCACGAGUUAUCUCGGUGGCCUCAGCAGUACCACCCUGCUUACGCCCACCUUGCAUGCAUCCCCCGGGAAGACAGCGUAUACGCCCCGAAACACGUAAUCCUCUGGAUGGGCUGGAGUAAGGGAGAUUGGACGCGCAUCGAGUCUACCUUCGGCCAAGUGGGGCAGCUGGACAAAUAUCUCCUCGAACAACUGCUCGCUGCGGCCGAUAGCGUUGUCAAGUCCUGCGAGGAGUGUGAGAACGGCCCCGCCGACGUCCAGGCCAAGUACAGGUUCCUGCGCAUCUCUUUGCGCCUCACCAUGGACAGGUUGCGACUACUCCCAGCCGUCCGCGGGGUCGUCUUUUCUCUGGCCUCCCACGUUCAGCGCCUUACCCUCGAACUUGCGGGUCUUCGCGUAUACCUGCGGACACUGUUGCCAAGACUCACUGGGGGUCAAGACUGCCGCCUCGACAUCCUCGACGUGCUCGGUGCCUACACGAAUGAUCCUAGCGUGGCACAACGACUUCAUCUCGCCGGAGUACCUGUGUGGCUGCAACAGGAACGCAGCGCCGUCGUCGCGGUGUACGAAUCCGUGGCCGUGAAGAGGCUUCCAUUUUGGUUUUCACGCAAGCCGUCCGUUCCCAGGCUCGUUCUGGCCCAGCGCGACUUUGCCGGAACGUUGAACGUCCCCGGGGAAUGGGUGGGCAUGAUGGUGAACACCACGAACCGCCAGCUCCUUGGCGGCUCACGCCUGGAUGAGCUGCCGACACAAGAAGGCGGUGGCCGUGAGGCGAAACGGUGGCGGGGCUCGGACGCCUCCACACCUGGGGCGCGCGAUCCGAGCGCUGCCCAGACACUCCCGCACCUCCUGGCGGCAUCUGCCCCUCGUAAGGUCGCGCACAACGCUCCUUCCCGCGCUCCCUUGGGCGCCCAUUCCGUUGGGUCCGUGGAGAAGGUCCCGCCCACCCGCCGCUUCUACAUGUCGCUCUCGGUUGCACACGGCAGCUGCUGGAUAGAGGGUCUCCGCUCGGUCGGCACCCUGCCGCAGCCACCCACGUCCCCCAAGUACUACUGGCCACCGCCAUGGAUAUUCGACCGACUGGAUAUGUUCUCCCCCAGCGACCCCAAGCGGAGCCGGUAUCUCAUUCAGUUGCUUCGUGUCGGCGAGUUCUGCCGGCGCCGACUGUUCGACAGGACCCUCAACGGCGCCCCUUUGGGCAUCCAAGCAUGGAGGGACCUCCUGUGGGGAGAGUAUGGCGAACGUGACCCCGUAAUCCCGGUCCGUCCCAUCGAGACGAAGAAGAAAGCCAAAAGAGCCAAGGAACGGAUGGACAUCGCUUCGAUUUUUGCCGGUGCUUCUCUACCGCGUUUCCAAAAGGGCAUCACUGCAAAGCUCGGUGAUCGGGAGGUCACAGAGGCAGACACCCUGCAGGACGACGAAUUGCUGCGCACGCUAGUCUGGGAGGCCCACGAGAUCAAUUGGCGGUGUGAGAUGCUGGCCCUGGACUCCGUCGUCGUCGGGUCCCGAAACUGGCCCGAGGUGGAACAAUGGACUCGGGAGAGCCUCAUCUCCGAGGUCUGGGGCCCACCAUGCUCGGCGCUCAACGUCUUCCCCUCCAGUGAGUCGGACAAGAUGGCGUUUUUGUGGCUUUCGCCGGCCGACCCUGGAUGGGAGGUGGGACGCCCGCACCUCCGAGCCCUCCUCGACGUGCAGCAGACUUGGCCCAGGCAGCCGGCGGAGCUCGCCGGCGCGUUGAAGCUCCUGGACGAUUGUGAUUCGUUUCAGUAUAGUCGUAUCCAGGCUGCAGCGGCCAAGUUCUAUGUCGACACCUUCGUGCACACCUUCCAACGUCUACCUGUCCCCCCUGCCCGGCAUGCCGCCCCCUUGAUGUUUCAUAGUACGGACAGUCCUUGA